GCGCCUUUGCAUGUAAGUAGCGGAGCAGAACAGGUUGUUAGCAACCCAUCCGAUAGAUCGAGGGGUCACAAUGCGUCUGGACUUCUUCCUGCACCCUCCAUUCUUAAUGCUGGUCAGCCUCUGGCGUCUCUUCUAUCAGCGCCACAACCGCACACUACAGUGUCCUCUACCUUCCAGCCAGGUGUUCACUCUACUUCACCACCUGUCCAGUCGCAGCCUCUGCAACCCCCGCAGCAGCAGCAACGUCAGCAACAACAGCGUGGCGAGUCUCGAGAUCAACCUGAAUCAACACAACCAGUUAGCACUGCUAGCAAGACUGAAGCUGUUCCCUUACCUACGACUACUAGUGGUAUUGGUGCUAGUUCUAGCCCUAGUUUGACUGGCUGCAAAGAGCGUCGCUUUGAAGGCAUGAACAAAUCGCGCCGUGGGGGCCGCAGUGGAACUGGCCGCUUCACGAAUUCCAGGUGCACGCGAACGUCCUGUCUAGGUUAA